GAUGACGGCAACCUCUACGAUGAACUCGACGAGGAGCAGUACAAAGCCGUUGUAAAAGGUCGACUCCAGAGAGAUGAUUUCAUUGAGGAUGAUGAUGGGGGUGGAUACGCUGACAACGGGAUGGAUGAUUGGGAGCGGGAUGGCGAUGGUCACGAAGAAGAUUCGGAAGAGGACUAUGGCGAGUUCCGGCAAUCAUGCGCAUUUAGACACAAAGACAAGGCCAAGAAGAAGAAAGAAAAGAAAGAGAUGCGGCCUCGCCCAGAUGUGGAUGCGACGCCCGACAUCAGCGCGUACCGCCCAGUGAUCAACGCAGAAAAGGAGUCUGACUUCAUGGCAUCCCUGAUGAAAUCAAUGGAGACGACUCCAGCUAGCGCCUCACGAGGUCGUCCUCAGAAGAGGAAGUCUGCAGCUCACGCAGCUCCAACAAAUUUCACUGCUCAUCGACGACCGCCUCAUCUGGAGAAUUUCGGCAGUCCCGCCAAGAAAGCCCGGCUUCAACAAGCCGCCGUCACGAGCAAGCUACACGAUCUGACUAUGCCUGACGACGACUCCUUUUACGACAAUUUCUACCAGGAUGACAUGCUGGUAGAUGAAGCACCUGCGAUUGUCAAGCAGGAACAUAAAGGUAAGUCUGUUUCUCCUAAGUUGCCUAUUGCUGAGGCCGCUUCAGAGUCCCGCAUCUCCCCUUUGAAACCAGCAGACAACCUGCCUCGACCAUUGAAAAAGGAGCCGGCUUUCCCCUCCUGGCUAUCGGUGCAGGAUAAACUCAACGUGAAAUCAGAAUCCGACGACACUAUCGGGUCAACAGCCAUGAGCGGAUCUGCAGGCAGCAAAGUAUCUGCUUUGGAAGACGAUGGAUCUCUGCGCUUCUUUUGGUUGGAUUAUCUCGAGAACGACGGAAAAGUAUAUUUUGUCGGAAAGGUUGUGGACAAGGUCACCGGCAAAUGGGUCAGCUGCUGCGUUGCGAUCGAGAAUAUUGAACGGAACAUCUUUGUGCUCAAGCGGCACAGAAAAAUGGGUAUGCGCAAAGAUGGUGCCGAGACCGAUGAGAUUCCCACAAACGCAGAAGUGUUUCAGGACUUCGAUCACGUCCGACGCAAAGCAGGCAUCCAGAAAUGGAGAGCCAAGUUUGUGAAACGCCGCUAUGCCUUUGGUGAAACAGACGUCCCUACUGAGGAAACCGAAUGGAUGAAGGUGGUCUAUGGCUUUGGCGAACCUCAACUACCCAAUGAUAUUUCUGGUCCCUCUUUCAGUCGCGUCUUUGGAACGAGUACCAGCGCAUUCGAGCUCCUCGUACUCAAACGCAAGAUAAUGGGGCCCUGUUGGUUACAAAUUAAGGAGCCGACAGUCAGCGACACAGGAAUCUCAUGGUGCAAGCUAGAAGUCGUCGUAUCAAACCCGAAGGAUGUCAACCUGUUCUCUGACACGGACGCCUCUGCACCCAGAGACGUUCCACCCUUGACCAUGAUGAGCAUCAGUUUACGAACCAUCGUGAAUCACAAGGAAAACAAGCGUGAGAUUGUUUGCGCAUCCCUAAGGACAUGGGAGAAUGGCAGGUUCCUCCGAUGCGGGCAGAUCGUUUUGAAUAUUGAUGAUAACGCGCCGCCGGAGCAAGUUCCAUCCUCGCUCCACACCAUUGUCCGUCCCUUGGACCGAUUUCCAGCCGGGUUCGAGAACAAAGCUCGCACUGAGAAGUCCAAGAUCAUGACAAUGAAGAAUGAGCGUAUGCUUCUUGGAAAUCUUCUCGCCACCAUCCAUCGAUACGAUCCUGACAUCGUUGUUGGGCAUGAUUUCUUGGGAGUUUCAUUAGAUAUUCUUCUCCAUCGUCUGCGGGAGCUGAAGACGGAGCACUUCUCACGCAUUGGGCGGUUCCGACGCGCGAAGUGGCCUAACAUCUCUCGUCAAGGCAUGAACAUCAAAUUCCUCAAUGGGCGUCUCUUGUGCGAUCUUGCCAGUGAUGGCGCGAAGAGCAUGAUUACCUCUACAACAUGGUCUCUCACAGAGAUGUGUCAAGGACAGCUCAAAAUACAAAGGGAAGACAUCGAUCCUGACGACACAGCAUCGUACCUGGAUAGUACGGUCAAUACACCUGACCGACUUCUGCAUUUUGUACGCCACUGCGAGAUGGACACCUUUUUCCAAAUGGCAAUAGCAGCAAGGGUACAAAUCUUACCUUUGACACGCCAGCUCACAAAUCUAGCUGGAAACUCAUGGAAUAAAACUCUCAACGGUGGCCGAGCAGAGAGGAACGAGUACAUUCUUCUUCACGAAUUCCACCGUCUCAAAUACAUCGUUCCCGAUAAGAUGUGGGGGAAGAAAACUGCAAAUGCUGCUGCAAAAGCAGAGACAGAAGAGCUGGAAGGGGGUGUGCCGGCGGCUGGCAAGAAGAAGGAUAAGUACAAAGGUGGUCUCGUCUUCGAACCGAAGCGUGGAUUGUGGGAUAAAUACAUCCUGGUUAUGGACUUCAACAGUCUGUACCCGAGCAUCAUCCAGGAGUACAACAUCGACUUCACCACCAUUGAGCAACCUGAACAAGUGGAGGGUGAAGAAGAGAAAAUUCCUGACACUCCAGCCACCGAUAUCGCACAAGGAGUACUUCCCCGUCUCAUUGCCACCUUAGUCAACAGACGGAGACAAGUGAAGAAUCUGAUGAAGGACAAAUCUGCUUCGAAGGCAAAACUCCAACAAUAUGAUAUUCGGCAAAAAGCCCUGAAGUUGACCGCGAAUUCGAUGUACGGUUGCCUCGGCUUCGAGUACUCUCGCUUCUAUGCUCGACCCCUGGCUGCUUUAACCACUUUCAAGGGUCGUGAGAUCCUGACGCAUACUCGAGAACUUGCGGAAAGUUUACAAUUAGAUGUCGUCUAUGGUGAUACCGACUCCGUAUUUGUCAACUCGAAUGUGUCUGACCUGGAGGAAGCCAAGAAGAUCGCGAAUGACUUCAAGAAACACGUCAAUGAACGAUACAAACUCUUGGAGAUAGACCUCGAUGGUGUUUUCCAGCGUUUACUUCUCCUACAGAAGAAGAAAUAUGCCGCUUUGAAGGUUGAGGAGGACGGCACAACAUCGACCGAAGUGAAAGGUCUUGACAUGAAGCGCCGUGAAUAUUGUGCCCUUUCCAAAACAGUCUCUCAGGCUGUCCUAGAAUUCAUCCUUUCUGGAGAGGCCACAGAAAUUGUGGUCGAGCGCAUUCACGAGUAUCUCACGAAGAUCGGCGAAGAUGUCAAGGCUGGCAAAAUCGACAUGGACGAGUUCAUUAUUUUCAAACGCCUUGGGAAGAAUCCAGAAGAUUAUCCUGAUGCAAAGAGCCAACCUCAUGUGCAGGUAGCCCUCCGUAUGAAAGCGCGUGGGAACAGCGCUCGUGGUGGGGAUGUUAUCCCUUACAUUUUCUGCCUCGGCGACGAUGGACAGACCUCCCGGACGGCUCAAGCCGAUCAUGCCCAUCAUCCUGAUGAGUUAAGGAAGGUUAACAGCGGGUUACAUAUUGACUACCUUCACUACCUGUCGCAGCAGAUUCUGCCACCCAUCGAGCGUCUCUGCGAGCCCAUCGAAGGGACCGAUCGUGCAAGAUUGGCAGAAUGCCUGGGACUGGACCCUUCGCGAUAUAGCAGCAGUCUGAGUAACCAGACGGAUGAGCCGCUGUUCGGUACUCUGGAUUCCCAAAUACCUGACAAGGAGCGCUUCAAGGAUGUUGAUGCAUUGCUCAUCCGAUGCCGCAAGUGCGAGGCUUCCUUUAUGUUUGGCUCCAUGGCGGAGAAGAAUGAUUGCAUCCUUCACGUGGAUGGGCCUAAAUGCCCCGCCUGUUCCGCACCGAUCCAGUCAGCAAGCCUCCAGGUACAGCUCGACAGAGCCAUUCGCGACCACAUUAGCAAGUACUAUGACGGUUGGAUGAUCUGCGAUGAUCCGACUUGUGGGAACCGAACCAGGAGCAUGGGCGUGUACGGGAGAAGGUGCAUGCGGCCAGGCUGUCGCGGCAACAUGGCUUUCGAAUAUACCGACCUCAUGUUAUACCACCAGAUUUUGUUCUACAGUUCACUGCUGGAUGGGAAGAAGGCGGAGGCGAAGUGCAAGAACACUUCCCGGCUUGAUGAGGUCAAGGCGUUGCUAACCUCUAACCACCAGUUACUAGAUGAGAUGGUGGGCAUCGUACACAAGCAUCUCGAGAAAUGCGGAAGGCAGUGGGUCGACCUCGGCAACCUGUUCAGUUAUGUUAAAAUAUAAAAGGCUGAUUUUUCGAUCAUUUUACAUUGUAUAACUACC